AUGAAAGCGCCCGAGGAGUUUAAAGCCAGCAGUGGCAACCCGCUCGGAAAGUUUCCGUCGCUCAAAGAUGGCGAGGUCAGGGUAUAUGAGAGCGGCGUCAUCACAGAAUACCUCUGCGAGACGUACGAUAAGGAGAACAGACUAAUACCCAAGGAUGUGGACGAGAGGAUAAAAGUGCUCCAGUGGCUCCACGCAGCCGAAGGCACAUUCAUGAUCCACAGCCUCGCGAUAACCUACGCGCGAUGGAACAUCCCCAAGCAAGCACAGGACGACGGCGUGCUCGAGCAGACCGAGAACGGCCUCGCCGUUAAUGUGCAGAAGGACCUUGACUGGCUGGAAACGGAGCUGUCCUUCUCUCAAGGUAGCUUUUUGUGUGGAGAGCAUGUCACGGCGGCGGAUACUAUGAUGCAAUUCAGCAUUGACUUCAUCUUGGUAACGGGGUUGGGGACGCAGGGGAGGGAGUGGCCGAAUAUACAGAAGUGGUUGAAGGCGUGUAAGGAGACGGUGACGUUUAGGAAGGCGGUGGAGAAGAGUGGAUAUGAGUUGACGGCGAAGCGACCGGAGGCGAAUUGA